AUGUUUCUUGUCCGAAAAGAAGGAUCAAACUGACAAAAAAUUAUAAGAAACCAGUAACCCACUUUACCUUAAAGUCCACAAAAACCCUAGCAUUCUCUCAAAAAAACCUCACCGGCUCCCCAAAAUCUCAACUUUUUUUUUUGUCCAUCAAUGGCUUCCAUCCUCAGUGCUGGCCGAUUCAAAGAGCUCCUGAAGAAGUACGGAAAGGUGGCACUUGGGGUCCAUUUCUCAGUCUCAGCUGCCUCAAUUACAGGCCUCUACGUAGCCAUCAACAACAACCUCGACGUGGAGUUGCUGCUCGACAAGCUUCACAUGGGAAGCGUCUCCUCCAAAGACGAAAGCGCCCAAAACCCACCCGAAAUCUCUGAUGGGUCGGUGUUUCGCGACAGACCCACCUCCGAAAUUGGCCCAUCAACGGUUGUGAUUGAGGAAAAGAAGAGGAAUCGGACGGCUGAGCUCGCGGCUUCAACUGGUGGGGCACUAGCAUUGGCUGUGCUCUGUAACAAGGCUCUGUUUCCCCUUCGGGUUCCGAUUACUCUGGCGCUUACACCACCGUUGUCGAGGUUUUUGGCUCGGAGAAGGUUCAUCAAGACCGGUGGUCUAUGAACAUCUUUUGCUGGGGAAGGAGCACUGGGACCAUAACAGCCAUGAAAGUUUUAGUAAUUAUCGAUGACGACAACACGUGGAAUCCUCCGGUUUGCACAGAGUAGUGAAAGUAGAUUCAGUUUAAGCAUUGCAGGGGAACAAUGCACCUGUUCCAAACCAGUGAGAGGAGAAUUAUGUUAUUGCUAAAAAUGGGUUCUCCAAUCCCAUAAUUAUUAUUUUUUGUACUAGAUUUGGAUGUGUGAUAUUAAACUUAUUUUGUUCUUAUUAAUAAUGUGCUUGUUACACAUUCAAAUACUCAAA